AGCGCCAACACGGUUAAAGUCGCCCAAGACGACGCUGUGGAAAUUGGGUCUUUUAUCAUACAUAACUGCCCUCCAUGUCCAGUCUCGAAGCGCUAGAAACAGUGGAAGACCUCCCAACAGCUGCCGACCUGCGCGCUGCCAAUGCAGAACUACUAGAUGCCUCUAUUCAGUUGCCUCCCACCCCCUCGGAGCUGGAAGAAAGGCAACCAACUCUACCUCUACAGCAAGCAAAGCAGCCCUCGUCGUUUGGAUGGCAAGGGUUUUCUUGGGGAGGACUUGUUGACGCCGUGAAGAAACAAAGCGAAGCUGUCGUAGACGUUUAUAAGCGUGACCUUUCGGAACUUGUUUCAGUCGUUACGACAGAAUCCACGACGCAGUUUGACAAGAUUUCACAUACCCUCAAAGACACAUUUGCAGAAAUUAGUGCCCCUACCGAACAUGAUAAUAAACAUGAAUCCACUCCUGAGGAUCUUUCUGCUAUUGCGGUUGGUGAUAUGGUCCUCGCUGGUCCGGGCUCUGGGACCGUCACCCCUAGAGCAGACAAGACGCUGGACUUGAGCGCAUUGGAUGAACUGACGGUCAAAGCAGAUAAAUUGUUGGGAAAGUUUAGUGAGGGAUUGACGCAGUUUUUGAGUUCGGCUGUAACGAUUGUACCCGGUGAAGAAGUGCAGGAGCAUGUCAGCAAAACGAAAAGCAAACCGGUCAAGCGAGAUGUGAUCUUCAACCGCAAAGCUGCUCUGCUCGCCUCCCUCAAAGCCGACCCAUCUACCUACCAAACGGAUCCCUCAAAGUCAACAGACGAAGAAUUUUGCGCCCGAUUCAAGACCUUUCAAGAAACGUUCACGACCCCCAAUCAGGAAAUCGCUGUGCUAGAACAGGACCCAGUGGUGAAAGGAAUGCUGGCACAGUUUGUACCGAGCGAAAUGUCUUUCAACGAAUUUUGGCUGCGAUACUUUUUCCGAAUUGCGGAGGUAGAUAGAGAAGAAGCGGUUAGAAAAGAGCUGAUGAACCUUUCAGAGCAAGACGAGGAGGCAUUUUCGUGGGGAUCUGAAGAUGAAGAAGAGGAGGAGGAGGUUGGCGGAGAUGCUAAAGCUGGACCUGAAGAAAAGGAUGCAACUCGGACGUCCGAAACUAUGUCUGAGGAAGCAUCGGAACAAAUCGACACUGCUUUACAAGAUGAUUCGGCCUCUGAGAUUGCGUCGACAGAGUUUACAGCAAACCCGCGUCUCGAAACCUCCCCAUCAAAGGAAUCGUCAACAUCCCCGAAUCCGGCAUCUUCCCAAGAAACCUCAGAAACCCAGUCUCCCAGCCCGCGCCCUACGCACCUCGCCGCAAAGCGGAGCAUGGACUCCACAGACAGCUUCGAAGUCGUCAACGGACCCGCAGGGCAGUCCAGUCCAUCCCCCGACCCAAAGGCGGAAGAGGAUGAUGAUUGGGGAAAUUGGGAGUGAGUUUAGUCAGUUGGGUGCGAUUAUAACUGCUGUAAAUACCACUUUUAUUCCAUUUAUACAUUUUUGUCACCAAA